GCAAAAAACCUCUUUUGUCAACAUGGGCUUUGCUGCCACGUGCCUUGAGCUCGCUCGGCCACGCAAUGGGGGAGAAGCGAGCCCUCGUAUUGCCCGCACUCCAUUGCUCCUUUCGGACUCUGGAGAAGGCGACACAGCCGUGGGAACCGCAGACCUCGAGGCACCUGCAGAGACUUCCAAUCUUUCCGAAGUUGGCACGGAAAGUUCGGACCUCGACGAUCCCCUCGCACUGGCUGAUCUACUCCUGGAUCCCCAGGUCAACGUGCGCUUGGUCCGCGGCACUUUCCUGAGGAAGCUUCACCAGGAGCAGCGGCCCGCGGUCAGGCGGCAAGAGAUCGAGCAGGAGGCGGAUGCCCUGGUCACGCAAGACGAGCUGAUCAGGUGGAGGACGGACGCAGACUUCCGCCAAAAGGUGCGAAUCAUUGGUGUGUCGCACGUGUGGGAAACGAUGGAGCAUCCGGAUCCUGCAGGGCACCAGCUGGCCAUCCUCGCGGGUGUUGCUGCUUUAUCCGAAACAGAAGUAGGAGUGGUCCUGGUAUUUCUUCGACUACAUGUCCAUCUACCAUUCUACCGUGGCAGCGCAGAGAGUUAUCAGCAGCAAUGUUUCGAUCGAGCCAUGGCGAGCAUGCACUACUUCUAUGCUCAUGAGUACACUCACACCUACUUCAUCACCAAGCGUUCGCCCGCGAGAGCUUUGGACACCACGCACAAGAUUGAAGUGUUCUAUGCCCCCGAUGGAGACGGGGAAGCUGGACAAAUGCAGGAGGUACCGAUCAAGGAUUUGAAGCGGAACGAUACGCCCUACUUCGAACGUGGCUGGUGUGAGGCGGAGAUGCAGUGGUCCUGCAUGCGGGGCCAGGCAUCGCAGACGGUCGCUCUCGAUUUUUAUGAGCAUUCGGGGGCUUUGACUCUCUAUUGCAGAGCCCCCAUGCCGCCUGACGUUUUCCAAGGACAAGUUGAACGGAAUGAGCUCAGGUUUACCCAUGCAGACAACUCCAAAGAUGUCAUGAAGUUGCAAAGGCGAGUCUUUCUUCAGAAGGCCGCAAGGUUGGAGGUCCUGAGUCGAACGGACUUGUCUGCAAGCCAGAUCCUCGUGCUUGGCCUCGCCCUGCCGUUCUACAGCAGGUUGCAGGUGCUCACGAUCGUUGGCAGCCAGAUCGAAGCAGCUGGUGCUGAGGAGCUAGCCAAGGCGCUCAACAUGAAGGAGCUCAAAUUGUCGCACUGCUCGAUCUCGUGCGCCGCGAUGUCGGCGUUAGCCGGAGGCAGCCAGAAGCUCACACGCCUCGUGUGCACAUCAUGCGCACUUCGCAGUGAGCACAUAGAGGCAUUGCCCAGAGCUCUGACAUCACAGAGCCAGAUCCAGAUCCUGGACCUUUCGGAAAACAAGAUCGAUUGUGACGGCGCCACCGCCUUGGCUCGAGCCUUGCUGGAAGGUUGCAAGCUGCGGCAACUCUCGCUGCGUCGCAACAAGAUUGCAGAUCGGGGCGCAGGGGCCUUUGCCGAUGUGCUCCGGCGAGCAGCGACAGAAUGGCAACCGUUGAGUGACCUGGACCUAGACGACAAUGAGAUCGAGGCCCCAGGAUGGAAGCUGCUAGAUCAGGCAUUAGAGGAAGUGGAGUUUCUGGCUGAGGCUUGGUUCGGCAACUUUCGGCUCGGAAGACACAAGAAACCAGACAUCUGGAAGACGUCAGUCCUGUGUCAAGGGAUAUUUUCCUGUGCGCAUGUCACUUGCUUCUUCUUUCAUUAUCUUUGUGUCUUGUCGCGUUUGCUUUUUCCCAUCUUGACUACGAAUAUCGACGCAUCCGAGAAAUUUAACAAGAUGCUAGCUGUUGGUAACGAUCUCGUGUGUGUGUUCAUGUUCCUUCCGUUGGCUCUUGUAGUUUUGGGCCCUGGAGGGGUCACGAGCCGAGAAAAACUAUCCGUCUGGCGCACAUACAAUCUUGUCAUUUCCCUGUUUGGUGUGGCCUCGCGCUGCCUUAAGACAAUGUCGUGGUGUGUUGGCUUGAGUUACUUGAACCAGGACAUCUGGAUUGGUGCCCUUUUGUUGCUAGAGAUGUUACUGUUGAGACGGGGGUUCAAGAGCCCGCCGUUGGUUGCAUGA